AAAUCUCCCCACCACUUAAAAAAGCUUAACACACAUCUUUCCUUCCUCAUCAAGAUAUCGAUUCCACUCCUUCUAUCACAAAAAAAAAAAACAAUUUAAAAAAAAAUCUUGAACUCAGGGGAUGUUGCAGAUGUUGUCCGUACUCCGACAGAAUCUCCAAAACCUCCGGAAGAGCCCACGCGUCGCAGACGAGAGCGCGUUAACGGUGGCUGACGACGGAGGAAGAGGAGACGGUAACGGAAACGGUAACGGCGUUAUGAGGAUUCCGUCAUCGAUCAUAUCGUGCUUUGCGGUGCCGCGUGUCAACGGUACGGACGGGUUGUGGGCGUCGGGUGAUUAUGCCGCCAGGGUCUCCGAGGUCAACCAUCUCAUGGUUUGCGAUGGCAUGAGAUACGCUAUUUUAAUGUAACUUUUAUCAAAUUUCUUUAAAAAAAAAAUAAUGAAAUGUUAAGGGCGGUCCAAAAUCAUACAUUUUUGUCCUCUAGGUCUGAUAUAUAUAUAUAUAUAUAUAUACACAUGUGCGUGUACAUGUAUGCGUGUAUGCGUAUGUGGUGUGUUUGUAUGUAUGUGAGGAAGAACAUUGCGUUUUCUCCUUUUUA